AUGAAGUCCUCCUUGCUCACAGCUUCCGUGCUGUUGGGCUGUGCCUCCGCCGAGGUUCACAAGCUGAAGCUCAACAAGGUCCCCCUGACCGAACAGUUUAUCGCCCGUAACAUUGCCGACCACGCGAACUCCCUCCACCAGAAGUACAUGGGCCAGUUCCAACAGCAGGUCAUCCAGGACGAGCCUGCCAACGCCAUGGGACGCCACGAUGUUCUGGUCGACAACUUCAUGAACGCACAAUACUUCUCCGAGAUUGAGCUUGGUACCCCUCCUCAGUCCUUCAAGGUCGUCCUCGACACCGGCAGCUCCAACCUGUGGGUUCCAUCUUCGGAAUGCGGCUCCAUCGCCUGCUACCUUCACCAGAAGUACGACUCCUCCGCUUCAUCCACAUACAAGAAGAACGGUAGCGAGUUCGCUAUCCAGUACGGAUCCGGAAGCCUGAGCGGAUUCGUGUCGCAGGACACCCUCAAGAUUGGCGACCUCAAGGUCAAGGGCCAGGACUUCGCCGAGGCUACCAGUGAGCCUGGUCUUGCCUUCGCCUUUGGCCGCUUCGACGGUAUCCUCGGCCUUGGCUUUGAUACCAUUUCCGUCAACAAGAUCGUCCCUCCCUUCUACAAGAUGAUUGAGCAGGGGCUUCUUGAUGAGCCCGUCUUCGCCUUCUACCUUGGCGAUGCCAACAAGGAGGGUGACAGCUCUGAGGCUACCUUUGGUGGCAUUGACAAGGACCACUACACUGGCGAACUGAUCAACAUCCCUCUUCGCCGCAAGGCCUACUGGGAGGUUGACCUUGACGCCAUUGCUCUUGGCGAUGAUGUUGCUGAGCUUGACAACACUGGUGUCAUCCUUGACACUGGCACUUCUCUUAUUGCUCUCCCGUCCAACCUGGCCGAGAUGAUUAACACGGAGAUUGGUGCUAAGAAGGGCUUCACUGGCCAGUACUCUGUUGACUGUGCGACUCGCGACUCUCUGCCUGACAUCACUUUCACUCUGACUGGCCACAACUUCACCAUUGGCCCUUAUGACUACACUCUUGAGGUCCAGGGAUCUUGCAUCAGUGCUUUCAUGGGCAUGGACUUCCCCGAGCCCGUCGGUCCUCUGGCCAUUCUCGGCGAUGCUUUCCUGCGCAAGUGGUACAGCGUGUAUGACCUCGGCAACAGCGCUGUUGGUCUGGCCAAGGCCAAGUAA